UGCCUAAGCUCCAUCAACAUCUCAAGACCCAGCGUCCAUCUGCAGUGUCCUCCUCUGUCUACUCUGACACCGCUCUAUUUUGAACUUCCUUUUUCCUGCAUCCUUUGUCAUCCUGAUUUACCGUGGCCAAAGACAGGAGCGCCAGUCUCCUUCCUCUGCUACCUACCCAUCAUGGCGCUGGACAACUAUUUCCACAAUAAGAUCGAGAGCAUGAAGCUCGAAAUCAUUCAAGGUCAAGCUGUUCUGAGGCGGCUAGAGGCUCAGCGUAAUGACUACAACUCAAGAGUCCGCCUAUUAAGAGAAGAAUUGGGGUUGUUACAACAGCCCGGAUCCUACGUUGGUGAAGUAGUGAAAGUCAUGGGUACUAAAAAGGUACUUGUGAAGGUCCACCCAGAGGGAAAAUAUGUCGUCGACAUUGCCGAUAGUGUCGAUGUUUCCAAGCUGACGGUCGGGAAACGUGUUUCCUUGCUUUCGGACACAUACAAACUCGAAAAGAUGCUACCAUCAUCUGUCGAUCCGCUUGUUUCAUUGAUGAUGGUCGAGAAGGUUCCGGACAGUACUUAUGAUAUGAUCGGUGGACUCGACCAACAAAUCAAGGAAAUCAAGGAAGUCAUCGAACUUGGUCUGAAACACCCAGAGCUUUUCGAAUCGUUAGGUAUCGCCCAGCCUAAGGGAGUGCUGCUAUAUGGUCCUCCAGGAACAGGCAAAACCCUUUUAGCACGAGCCGUCGCUCACCAUGCAGACUGCAAAUUCAUCCGUGUUAGCGGUUCCGAACUGGUGCAAAAGUAUAUCGGUGAGGGAAGCCGAAUGGUGCGUGAACUGUUCGUGAUGGCAAGAGAACAUGCCCCUAGCAUCAUCUUCAUGGAUGAAAUCGAUAGUAUUGGCUCAAGUCGAGUGGAGGGAAGCAGCGGCGGAGACUCAGAGGUUCAGCGUACCAUGCUUGAGCUUCUUAAUCAGCUUGAUGGGUUCGAGCCGACCAAGAAUAUCAAAGUCAUCAUGGCCACAAAUCGUCUGGACAUCCUCGAUCCAGCACUUUUACGUCCAGGGCGUAUUGACCGAAAGAUUGAAUUUCCACCACCCACGGUGGAAGCUCGCGCCGAUAUUUUACGUAUUCAUUCCCGGUCAAUGAACUUGACUCGCGGCAUCAACCUGACCAAGAUUGCGGAAAAAAUGAACGGAUGCUCUGGGGCUGAGUUGAAGGGUGUGUGUACAGAGGCGGGCAUGUACGCUCUGCGUGAACGACGCGUUCACGUGACGCAGGAGGAUUUUGAUCUAGCUACUGCUAAGAUCCUCAACAAACACGACGAUAAGGAAGUGAGUCUGGGAAAGGUCUGGAAGUAGACCUGCAAUGUGAACAGGGAACGGGCUUGGAGGCGCUUGGCGUCGUGUUCCAGGCCCAUAUUUGGUCGGUAAUCGCGGCUAUUCGAAUGCACCUAUUGAGCAGCCAUGUAAUUCUACUUCGUACUUUAUAGAUAUAGGCCAAGUUGCAGCUGUGCCUGACUCUAGUGAAGUUUAAAACAUCCUUAUUCAAUGCAUUCUCAAUACGAUGUAUGCUUUUCAAGAUUAGGUUGAAAACUUUAACUAUAAA